UCAAACGCAUAGUUUUUCCACCAACAACGUGCAAGCACACUCAAGGCUAAAGACCUCUGGAACACCUUGGGCUCUAGGGCUCUAGCUUGCGCUGUUAACACCUAAAACAAAUGUCCCUCUCUUAGAUGACAUACGGUAGCCCUUCGCCCUCGCUCGACUCUCACUCAAAUCUUCGGAAAGGAGGGGCGGAGGGUUUGUGUCAUCAUUCUGCGCCGGCCUGACCCGCGACGCGCCGGCGGCUGGCGCAGCCCUUCGCUUGCCGGGCCUCCCCCUCCCUGGUUCCGCGCUCUGGUUCCGCCAUGGAAUCCAACAAGGAUGAAGCCGAGCGCUGUAUCAGCAUCGCCCUCAAGGCCAUCCAGAGCAACCAGCCCGACCGGGCACUCCGCUUCCUGGAGAAGGCACAGCGGCUGUACCCGACGCCCCGAGUUCGCACUCUGAUCGAGUCCCUAAACCAGAAACCACAGUCUGCCAGUGACCAACCCCCACCCACAGAAGCAACCCACACCACCCACAGGAAAGCAGGUGCGACCGACACCCCCUCGGCCAACGGUGAAGCUGGAGGAGGAGAGAGCAGUAAAGGCUACACUGCAGAGCAGGUGGCAGCAGUGAGAAGGGUCAAGCAGUGUAAGGAUUACUACGAGAUCCUGGGGGUGAGCCGAGGAGCCUCAGAUGAGGACCUGAAGAAGGCCUACCGCAAGUUGGCCCUCAAAUUCCACCCUGACAAGAACCACGCACCUGGUGCCACYGAAGCUUUCAAAGCCAUUGGCACGGCAUAUGCGGUACUUAGCAACCCGGAGAAAAGGAAACAGUAUGACCAGUUUGGUGAUGACAAGAACCAGGCAGCCCGACACGGCCACGGGCAUGGGGACUUCCACCGUGGCUUUGAGGCUGACAUCUCCCCUGAAGACCUCUUCAACAUGUUCUUUGGUGGUGGCUUCCCUUCUAGUAACGUCCACGUGUACAGCAAUGGCCGCAUGCGCUAUACCUACCAGCAAAGGCAGGACCGCAGGGAGAACCAGGGUGACGGCGGGCUAGGGGUCUUUGUCCAACUGAUGCCCAUCCUCAUCCUGAUCCUCGUGUCAGCUCUCAGCCAGCUCAUGGUCUCCAGUCCACCCUACAGUCUGAGCCCAAGACCGUCAGUGGGCCAUGUCCACAGACGAGUCACAGAGCACCUGAGCGUCGUCUACUAUGUGGCGGAGACCUUCUCUGAGGAGUACACAGGCUCCAGCCUCAAAACAGUUGAACGGAAUGUGGAAGAUGAUUAUAUCGCCAACCUCCGAAAUAACUGUUGGAAGGAGAAGCAGCAAAAGGAAGGCUUGCUAUACCGGGCCCGCUACUUUGGUGACACAGAUAUGUACCACAGAGCACAGAAGAUGGGAACCCCAAGCUGCAGCCGGCUGUCAGAGGUGCAGGCCUCCCUGCAUGGAUAGUCCUGGGCCAGCCACACCACCCAGGUCCAAACUAUGAAAUCCCUGGAGAACUUUUGGUGACACGCACUGAGCCAAGGUGAUGGACUGUAUAUUUAAGGAAAGACAUACAAAGAAAAAAUUAAAAUGGAAUUGGAGGCCGAACGCUGCACAACUGCCCUCUCUCUCACCCAGUAAAUGCAGAAAGCUCUUAGGACAGACAGAAAACCUGCCAGGGGCUGCUUCCUUCCCUCCCAGGGCUGGCAGAGGCUCUGCAUCAGCUCGCUCCUAGGAUACAGAAACCAUGGCAACGAAAGUAGAAUGUAAAACUUGCAGCAAAUGUCUGUGGGAAGGACUGGGGGAGGGGGUGCCCAACUGCCUCUCCUCCCCCUCUCAGGAGCCACCACCAGUCACCUCACAGGAGAAGCCAGGCAGAGGCAUUGGCCAAGGAUAGAGAGGAAGAAAGAAGGAAAAAAACUCUCCAUAGAAUGUAACUUAUAGAUGCAUGUAUAUGUAUAUAUAUCUAUUUAUAUGUAAGUAGGCAUAUAUAAAGAUAUAUAUAUAUAUAUAUACACACACAUAUAGAGUCUACUUUUUAAACUAUGCAGGGAUUGAGUUAAGCUAUUCAGAUGAUUUCCUCUGUGUUUCAGAAAACGAGGCCUGUUUGGGGAAGGCAUCCUGGUCCUUCAAAAGCUAGACAUUAGCCACAGCUGACGGCAUAAGGAAAGUUGGGUCAUAAUGCUUUUAAUGUCCCCUGCCCUGCAGCCCCAGCCUGUUUUUUGAUGGCAGCAGUAAUCAUGAUGGUAUAAAUCCAUAGAAAACUUCUGAAGGUCACCAGAUUUAUGGUUGAGCUGGAGAGGAACAGCUGUGGGGGAAGAAAGUUGCCCCUAGGGGUGGGUACCAGGUCAGUAUUGAGCCAUGGUAGAGGCCCAGACAGCCUGCUGGGGUGAGGAGCACCCACUCAAGCUGCCCCACCCCUGCCUUUGGCCAGCUUAGGUGGGUUCUUUGUCCUUGUGCCCAGGAGCCCCUCAGCCAGUCCCCUGCCCAUAGAACUGCAGGGCUUGGAGAGGUGCCAGGUUCUACCUAACUACUUCCCCACCUGGGUCCCUACAUGGGUUUUGCCUUAUAGGUGCCACAGGGCAUGGCUCCAUCGUUGCCACUGGUUUUUCCUAAGUCAUGCACCAAGAACUCCAGAAGACUCUUCUUCCAAGAGUCAGCCCAGGACCCCAGGGCAGCAGCCUGACUCAUGAAGAAAAGUCAGUGCCUGUGGGCACCUCUGUCUUCACCCUCCUUGGACAUGGCUGCACCAGGCCUCCUCGUGCACACUCGAUGAAGGAUACACCUGAACCAGAAUGUUUUUCUUACCCUCCCCUUCAGAUGAGGAUUUUUCUCAAAACAGUUGCUGCCAGAGGAAGGAGGGAGGUUUUAUUUAUUCCCACAUUUAUACUGGGCCUUUUGGAAUUGCGUUCUUCCCGAGCUUUCCUGUGGUGGUGGGCAUGGUGUUGCGCCUGCCAUCUUCCAAAGCCUUACUUCCCCAAGCUGCCAGCCACGCGGUGGCAACUGUCCUCCCCGAGUUUAUCUUGGCUCUUUUUUAAAAGUACCCCAACAAAUAGGAUUCCUGCUGGGAAAGGAAGUUUGGUAAGGAAAUGUCAAAUCUGGUUUUUAAACAAGUUCGCACCCUGCAAUGAAGUGGCCUCCCCGGCCCAGAGAGAUCAUAAGAACUGGAUGCAGGCCAGAGUGCCCCACCCGAGGUGGCCCUGGUGCUCUGCCCCCACCACCCCGACCGUCUGGUCUUGGUAGCUGUACCUAGACGGGCUGAGCCAUGUGCAAUAAGAACAGAUCCUAAAGGAUCCCCAGAGAAGCUGUAUUUCUUGAAUUAGAAUUCUGAAAUUGUACAUCUAUAAAUAUAUGUUUAUUAUGUGACUGGC